UAAUGUUGCAUUAGAAAACCUUUAUUUACAAAUGACCACAAAAUUUGCAUGGUUCCAGUCUCAAUGCUAAAACAUUUAUCAAAUUAGGUUCAGAAGUAAUUUAAAAUAAAAAUGUACAGUACAUCAUUUUACUCGAUAAUAAACCCAUAAUUUAAACCCCCUGGACAUAAACUUAAAUUGUGCUUAAAAGACAAAUUUUAUUUCCCAAACAAAACGGCUUAUUCUGAAAAUACAGCAAUACCAUACAUGACCUUAGUAAAAACAUUUCCGCCAGUAAAAAAAGGUCUAUUUCUAAAUGACAGUACCAUGAGCCACAAAAUCACAACGAGAAUUAAAUAACAUUAACUUAAAAACAUCUUUCAGUCACAGCAUUUAUUUUUGGGCCAUGUUUUCGUCCAGAAAACAACUCUGUAUCUAUCUUUAAUACAUCAUUAUUAAAAAAGCAUCCUGAAGUGAUUUGCGCAAUUUUAACAAAAUAUUUACAGCAUUUUGACCUGAAGUAGUUUUGGAUAAGGCACAAGGAGAGAGUAGACACAGAAAAUGAAAACAUCAAUUUACAAGCAAACACAUUAUCAACAAACCCCUACAGCUAGAAAAAACCCUCCCUCCCUGAUACACUUUUGACUGAGACUUUUCAUCACAACAGCUCCAAAGUGUUUUAACAGUAGUACAACAAAAGUCAAAAUCUGGCCUCGAGAAUAAUCAGUGUAUAAAUUGAAAUUUUACAUUUGCUCAACAACCCCUUUCACAGCUAUGCAACUUGGUCCUUGAUAAAGGGUUUUCAAGUUAAUGCUCAACAGUAAUCAGUACUGAAAAUAAAUCAGAGGGAGGUUAACCUUGAGGAACAGCAGACCCUCCAUAUUUUCCAACAAAGGCCUUGGCUGAUUUAGGGCACAAUUCACACUAGCUGUGCUGAACAGUGUCUCUGCUGGGACGAUGCUGGGAGGGCAGCCCACAUAACGGGCAGCUACUUUGGCAAGAUCAGGCCACAGGAACUUUUUAAGGUUCCAAUAGUCAAGGGGGUCACAGCUUUGAUCAAGUAUAUCUUCCUCAAGGUAUUCCAGCACUGCCAGCUCUGAGGACUUUGGCUUUUCCUCGUGUUUUAUCUUUUGCCGGAUAUCAGCCAUUAAGGACCAGAGGUUGUCCUGGUUCGAGUUGGGGCUGUCGGUUGACACUGUGGCCUCAUUGCAGCCAUUGGGCAGAGAAGGCUCAACUGCCACUGAGGUAGAAGAUGAUGAGUCCAGCUCCUGGAUAAGAUCUUGUUUACACCGCUCGGCUUCCUCUUCUGUGAACAACGACGUCUUGUAUCGUGGGUCCAGCAUGGUAGCCCAGGUGUAUCGCGGGUCAUGCAGAGUCGCAGAUAUUUUGCUCACCAUGGCUUCUUUCAAGGACUUGAGCAUGUUGUCUAUGCCCACAGUCUCAUCAAACAGCAGGUCUAUCUUUCUGUUGAGGAUGUGAAUGAGUGGUAUCACUUGUCCCAGAGUGGCAGUGCGGUUACUCAUCUCUGUGUAGGCGACUUCGAAAGGUUUCAGUGCAUUGCAGACUGACAGCAUCACCUCCCACUGGUCACAGCUGAUUAUUUCCCUGAAGUUGCACUCGAUCGACAUCUCAUCGAUGGCUUUCUUCUGUUCUACCAGCCGCUCCAGCAUGAAAAAGGAGGUUCUCCAUUUCGAAGGAACAUCCUGGAUAAGUUGGUUCUCCGGCAGCUGGUGGACCUUCUGGAGCUCAGCCAGUUUCUCCUUGGCCGCUGCUGAGCGGUGUACACGUUCACAGAUCUUUCGCGCAAUACUCAGGAGGUUCUGAACCAUUCUCUGGCUCUUUAUGGCUUCGCUUACAAUGAGGUCUAAAGUAUGUCCAAAACACUGCAUGGUGACAUGGCCAUGGUCCUCUAAGGUGUUUCUGACAGUGUUGUUAUCAGUUACGGUGAACCCCUUCUUCAGCCCUGAUGAGGUGAUCCAAGAAUCCCACAGAUAUUCAAGCUGCUUUGGGAUGUUAUGCAUAUCAUGAUCACAGUCUAUUUGUGAGACACUUAGGAGAGCUGAACAGUGAAAGUCCUGUCCCUGGGGUCUGACACUUGACUCGUAUGUCGCCCAGUGGGCGGUAAGGGUCAAAUAUUCUCUGGUCUGGCUACUGACCCAAAUACUAGUCGUGAAGUGGACUACACCACCCUCUGCCUCUUUCAGGUGGGUCAGCACCACAUCUUUGACUCUUUCGUACAUAUCUGGUAUGGCAGUGCUGGUAAAGUAUGAAGAGGGUGGUAGAGAAUACUGUGGCUGGAGGUACUCUAGUAGUCUAUUAAGUCCAGCAUUCUCCACCAUGGCUGAUGGCUGAAGAUCCAGUGCUAGCAUUUCUGCAAUAAGUUUGGUGAUUUUUUUGGCAACCGGGUGGUAUUCGUCAAACCUCACGGGGUUCUGUUCCGUUUCAUACACAGAUGUGUCCAUGAGCUCUUGUUUCACUUGAAUUCCAGCAGAUGGCACAUCACCUGAGAUAGUAUUGUUACUUUCAAGAACAUGUCCGUGAAACCUCUGCAUGUGCCUGAAGAGGCAGCUUGUCCCGAGGUUCGUAGUCUUUUUGCCUCUGCUAAUUGUGCGGCUACAGUGCAAACAAACCACCUUUGUGGGGUCAGCAGGGGAAAUGGAAAAAUGGUUCCACAGUUUUGAUGUCUUUUUGCUGAAAACAGGCAAAAUUUGUGGCUUUUUCUCAUCAGCAGGGCUCUCAGUUUCUUUGGUUGAAACUGCAUCUGUUGCUGUGAGACCGGCGUAGGGAUGAGGGGAGGGUUCCUUCUCAUCUGUGCUUUUUUGGUUUUUGAGAACGUCUGGGUGGCGUCUCAUAAGAUGCCUCAUCAGACAGCUUGUACCGAAGUCACCCCGUUUUCCCCGACUGAUGACACACGGACAGUAACGGCACAGUGCUUUUAACUGGUCAACUGGUGACACUAUGAAAUGAUGCCACACUUCAGAUUUCACCCGUUUCAUGAUCUUCUUGUUUUGCUGGAAAACUGAGUGAUUCUGAUUUAGGCUGGGGCUCUCAGAGAGGUCACAUGGUGAGGAGGUUAGGGGUGUGUCAUCCCCUUGAAUUUUGAAGGAAAGAUUGACAGAAGACUCUUGCCCUGAGAGAUGCAUUGCCUCAUCAGAUUCUUCUAUAACAUCCAUGCUUUCCUCGAUGCUUUGGGGUAAUUCAUCAGAUAUGGUUUCUGGGGAGGAUGGUAGAAGAGGUGAUUCUUUUUUGAAUUCGAGGGGAUCCUGUAGCUGUGUUCGGGACAACAGUGAGGGUGGGUUUGAAUAAGGUGGGGGAAUGUGAUUGCCCUGCCCAUUUUCCUCAAUAACAACCUCUUUGUGGGCUCUCCACAUAUGACGAAUCAGACAGCUCGUCCCUAGAUCCUUGCCGUUUUUACCCCUACUGAAUUCAUUCAUGCAAUGAAUGCAAACUGCUUUGGAAUUGUCAGCAGGUGACAGGUAGAAGUGUUUCCAUACAGCUGAUCUCCGACGGGAACUGGAGCUUUUAGGGGUCCCUGGAAGGCGUUCUGGCCCCCCAUCUGACAUGUCUUCGAGGAUGUUAUCGUUGGAAUGUGAUGCUGAGAGUGCGCUGCAGAGAGUGUCUGUGUUGGCAUAUAGUUCUAGUUUUGGUUCAACUUUGGGUAACACUUCUUUGGAUGACAGAUCUGAAUUUUCAGCUGAGGAGGUGGACGGUGAAGUGUUCUUUGAGGCAGAAGAAAUAAUGCUAUUAGUCAAGUCUCCAUUUUUUGGUGAGUUUGGGGAGGGAGGUAUCAAAGAUGAGGCAAAAGAGCUAUUCAGACUAUUUGAGGAUGCAUCUCCUUCUUGUAAAAGCACAGUGGGGUGAGCCCUUCGAACGUGCCUCAUUAAACAACUUGUACUGAGGUCUUUCUCAUUCUUUCCCCGGCUGAAUUCUUUCAUACAGUAUAAACAGAUUGCUUUGGUACUGUCUCGGGGUGAUAUACAGAAGUGAUUCCAUGCCGGAGAUUUUUUUCUUGGGUUGGGAUUACUCCUCAUAGAUGACAAAAGGCUCUGGGUGACAGCAUCCAUGGCAACAUCAUAAAGGGUGCUUGUGUAUCCACUUAGUAAAUUACUAUAGUCAUCCCCCUCUCUGGUUACAAAGGGGCCAAUUGAGCUACCAAAUGCUAACCUUUCAUCAUCCUGGGUUUCCUCCUCCAGCCCAUUGGUUUCUCCAAUCUCCUCUUUGAUAUGUUGACUUUCUUCAUUUUCAUUUUCAUACUUAUCGCUCUCUGUAUUUCUCUCAUUGUCUGUGUUGAGGCCUUUGUUUGAAAGAGCUGGAGAAGCUGGAUCAGUCUCACUUGCCAGGUCUGACUCCUGUUGUUUUUCAUCCUGAGAAUAUAUAUGGAAAUCAGGGGGAGGGUCUUUAUCCAGUGUUACUGAGGAGCAAGCAGUUGAGUUGGAAUCUGCAGCCUCGUGAGGGUUAAUGCUGUAGGAUUUGAACACGUAGCCAUCCUGGCCUUCAAUUCUCAGGCAAGUCCCUUUCGCCUCUCUUCUUUUGUUUUCUAUGGAGCCAUUGGGUUCACUGUCCAUAUCCUCACUCAUGUGAGAGACCUCCUCCUCCCCAUCCAUAGCAGCAGCCCAAAGGUUUCUGUAGGAUAGACAGGUCUACGUUGUCAACUGUGAUCAGUUUUGCUAUGGGUAGUCAUCGAUUCUGCAGCUCUUAAGCAGGUGUUGUGUAAAGCGUGUGGCUGUCAGGGACACAACGCUCCUGCAUGUCCUUCUCCAUUUAGGCCUGGAGGAGUUCUGCUUCUUCACACACAAUCUACAGAGAGAGGAAAAAAGGGGGGAAAUAAGUAUUUUAUAUUCUUGAAGACAAACAUGCUUUGUGAAUUAAUUUUGAUGUUGUUUAAACUUUGUAAAACAGAUUCAACUUGAUCUAAAUGCAAAGCAGCCAUGCCAUCUGUCCAAAUGCUUGCUGUAAAUUUCCAAUUUCUAGUCUUAUCUCAUUGCCCUUGUUGACCAUUGUUGUUUUUCCUCACAAAGUAGCCUUGGGGUGUAAAAAAUUGAAAUAUUUGAAUUUAUCAUAAUUUUACUCUGUGUGUAAAGCAGCCCUGUUUCAUUUUAAUUUGUAAGCCUAAAAAGAACCCAGUUUUUAUCAAGGGGUGGGUAUGUCAAGCAAAAACACCAUUCAAUAAUCAAAGGUCUCAAUGAUUAAUCAUAGUGCGCCUGAUGCCAGUUAUUGUAGACUUGUGUGAGGUAAGCCUUACCCAUUUAAAUCUGUACUUGUCCCCAAUUUAUUUCAAGUUCUUCAAAACCUAGAGGAAACCUAUAUAUUUUACUAGACUCUAGCAUUAGUACAUUUGUCUUCUUUUAUGAUGCACUGAACUCAGCUCUAGGGUGUGCUACAGCCAUCAUGUGGCAGCUCUACCACAUUACAGCCAGGUCCUGGUACAAAAGUAUAUAUUUUUUUACAAUUAGUAAGAAAUUAUUUUCCCCUAUAAAUCAGUCUAUUCAUAUUCCUGAAAAUCAUUAUUCCUACUUCCAAUAUGGUAAAUAAAGAUACUUUAGUUGGGCUGUUUUCAUCACACCUCACUUUAGCAGAUGGAGCAAUAGGUUCAGCAGCACCUCGAGGCAUUCAGGAUUUGGAAUUUCAGAGAUCCCUCUUUUACAACUACUUCCAUUACUUAUGUGGAUAGACUACGAAAAUAUUUUCAGCACAGUAUUACUGAAAUAAUUGUCCUGCCAUUGUGAAAAUGUGUGUGUAUGUUAAGGAUAAUUGGUUGGCUGAUUAUUGGCAUCCUGACAUAAUCUGCUCCACAUCAGCACUGGCUCUCACAAGGUAAAUAUCACCGGUAUCUUUCCGAAGUGAUAACACAUCCAUCUUAUCCCCUCAUAAAAGCAUAUAAAAUCAUAAACAGUCAUUGACUGGUAAUAUUGUAUUGUAAUGUUUAGUAUUGCUAGCAAUAUCAGCCAUGUUUAGCAAUAUAUAGCAUAACCCAAUAUUUGUGUCCGUUUAUCGAUGUAUCACAAAUCCUUCAAAACAUACUACCUAAGCGAAGUGACUUUCUUCCUGCGUUUUAACCCCAAUAUUUACCUUUUAUUUUUCUUUUUUAGCUAUUUUAAACUGCUAGACUGGAAUCUAAAAGUAAUUUCUUCCGUUUAUGUCUAUUUAAUUAAAUACACAUAGAUGCAUUCACUUGUUUGUGUUCAGUACAGUCAGUCAAACACAACAGCACUUCAAAACAUACUACCUAUAACAUAUAAAGACAUUAAAACAUAUUUUUUCAACUAUGAGAUACAUUACAAAUUGUUAGUCUUACCCCACAGGUGUAAUAACCGUGACCCAAGUGACUCCCGUUUUAUAGCAAAAUACUUAACCAUAAUCUACUUCCUCUUAUGAUGAAUAGUAGUGUUCAACUGUAUCAGAGGACACGCUUAAUAAACUAGGUGACCUACUAUACUGUGACCAUAUAUAUAUUUUUCACAGAUGCAUUGCGAACAGUUAAAUCAAGGAAAGGUUGGUCUGUUCAGUAUAAAUAAAGAUUCACCUUGUUCUUGGUCCUCAAAAAUAACGUCGUAAAGGAUAGAUCUUGUAUUUAUCAUUCAGAAGAAAAUAUCAAACAGAAAACAAAUAUACAAAAACAUCACAACUAUCGGUGCUUCCCGUUUUUUAAUCUUUACAUAGUAACAUACAGCGUGAAUGAUACAGACACGGAACCAGGAGAAUGCGUUCAAAGACACUCCAGCUCUGUGGACAUGAGCCAACCCACACAAGUAUCACCCAAAUCCAGUCCAGCACGUAGCUAUCCGUGAUCAAUGGUUAAACUAAUAAUGAAUCAUUUAUCAUGAUCUGAUCAUAUGGAUCUUACCACGUCAUCCUAUGAUAUCCUUUAUUCUGUAUUUGUUCGUGUUUUCAUGAGCGUGGACACUUUCAGAAGAGUAAUGUUAGGCCAUUUCCUAAGUCAGCACUGACAGCCAGUUUUUCCGGGUUUGGCUAAAGUGCUAUUCAGGAAGAUGCGAGAGGACAGCAGAAAAAUGCCAAACCUCACCAGCUUUACUAUUCACACAACACACCAACGUGUCCGUGGUUACUUAAAAACAAGCUCAGGUGGGCUGUAUAACACCAGGCGAAAAUCAGGGAGCUAGUUUGAAUCCUGGUACCCAUCUAUACCAAACAUUUUAAUGACACAUUUGUGGCAGUUAGGCUACAUCAUCAGUAAACACCACGGAGGCUAUCUCAAUGCUAACUGUGUUAGCCGCAAGGCUAAUAAACACACAAAAACGUCACUGAGGUACGGCUCCUCCGUCACAUGGCUCAGUAACACAAAUAUUACACACAUUACAAACUCUAUAACAACUUAAUCAACGCGACCUCGUGGAAUUUUUUUUUUAUUAAUUUCGGACCACACCACGACUGCUAGCUGGUUAGCUGCCAGCUAGGCCACACACAGGACAUACAAGCUAACCUGGCGAGGCAGAACCCAGCCGUGGCAACACACGAACCACACGGGAUCCGAAUCAGACCAGCGCUCACCACGACGUCCUAGCGAUCCCGGACCAUUUUCAGACUUAAACAUGCGCUCACGAUACUCACUGUGAAGUAUAACCGCGUGAUCCCUGGGUUUCGGCUCCUAAACAGUUAAAUAUGACACAUUUGAUUGAUCCGGAGGGGGGUUCACUUUGUUGCUUUUGUCUGCUGGUUUGCUAGCAGUUCACGUUCGGCCGGAGUAGCACCACACAGCGUCGGACGGAAGGAACAUGUUUUAAUGAUGUCACUGGUCGCAGGGUCCUCAGUAGGGCAAAGAGGCAGCAGUACACCACCGCAGCAUGCCACAGCAGCACACCCCACUUUACCGAUCAUUCAAACACACCAGCCAGCCAUGAGGCAUUUUAUGUGUAGAGUAACUUGAUCAAAGUAUUUCAUUGAAGGGACCUUGUACAUCAGUAGCCUACUAUUGCGCAUGACAGAAAUAACAUCAUUUUUACAACUACACUACUACUACUUCUACCACUAACAAUUAUUAUUAUUAUUAUUAUUAUUAUUACUUCUCUUGUAUCUUUUAUCUCUAUCUUAUUUCGACUUAAUGUCCUUUUAGCCUUUGUUUUACUUCAACUUUAAGGCCUUUUAUUGAUUUUAUUGUUUUUUCCUGCUAAUUUUUGUUAUUUCAUUUUAUCAUUACUAUUACCAUCAUCAUUAUUUUAUUAUUAUUAUGAAUAUCGUCUUUUUAUACUUACUAUCGUGUUUCCUGCUUUCUACCCCCCUUUUUAUUACAUAUCUUUUCUUACCUAUUUUAUGUUUUUUUUUAUUUUUUAUUUUGGUUCUUAUGGUCUCAUUUUACAUUGUAGGGUUCUUGUAUAGUCUGGGUUUCUUAUGACAAAUGAAACUGCCCUUCAAUUCUGAGGCCUAACUGAGCUUUUGUUUUUUAUUUGUUUUUAUUUCCAUGUGCCGAUGUUCUGUGCUUCAUGACUUUUUGUCAAAGCACUUUGUAAACUUCUGUUUUUAAAAGUGCUACAAAUAGGAAGUUAUUAUUAUAAUUAUAAUUAUUAUUAUUAUUAUUGUGUGGUUCGUCUAGAAAAUUUUAAUUUUAUUACAGUUGCACGAUUUCAGUGUAGGAUGUAUUUAAUUCGAUACCAAACAGAAUAAAAUUAUUCAUUCAUCCAACCACACAUAUUUACGUGAUUUUCAUUAUGUUGUGUUUGUCUGGGUGUCAGGGGUCCCUGGGUAGCUUCAGCAUUGCCUUUGACAUCUUUGAAGGCAUAUUUGUUUCCAAGACCUGCUUUUUCCUAUGUGCACGUAUUCUGGUGAUUUUCACCCAGCAAUAGUAGUGAUAGAGGGUAAAGUAGGUUUGGGUUGAUUUGAUAGCUGCAUGUAGGGAAUAAGGUCAGUGAGAGUGGUCCUGGAAUUUGCAUGCUAUCUUUAUUUAGCCCAGUGGUUAUGAAUAACUAUCACAAAGUAGUGAUAUUUAAGGGAAUUCAUAUGGUGAUAAGAAAUAUUUUAGUCAGCUGGUCAUUUUUGGUUCUCUAUUUUUGUUCCCUCUCUCUCCUGCAGCUGUUAUUGUGCCAAGGACCCUGAGUCUUCACCAGAGAAGACUCAAAUGCCACAGGAAUGGGUGGAAAAGAAACUAAGUUACUAUGUAGAUAGAUAGAUAGAUAGAUAGAUAGACUUUAUUGAUCCCAAACUGGGAAAUUCCCAUGUUACAGCAGCAAUAAAAAUACAAAAUGAAAUUAAACAUAAGAAGAAGUAUGUACAAAACAGACUAAAUAUACCAAAUAUAUACAAUAAAUACAGACUAAAUAUACUAAACAUCCUAAGAGAAAAAAGUGAGAUAUGAAAAAGUGGGCUAUCAACUGGUAGUACUAAUAGAUAGACAGAUAGAUUUUCUCAUUUUAGCAAUACUGUUAUAGGGUUAAGAAGAAUUAACAAAUGUUCAUUAAUUUAAAAAAAGGAAAAAAAAAGGGGGGAAAAAACAUAAUUAAAUUGCACCCUUUAUUCGAAAUAGUGAUUUUUCACCAAAUGUCUGGCCGACUGUUGUGAUCUGUGACAACAGCAUUGAUAAACCCGGAUGAUGCAGAGGAGCUAUAAAUAAAGCUUAGUUUCGCCUCCACAACACGUUACCACGUAAUAAGAGGUUAACACAGCGAGUUUCACCUCGGCUCAAGGAUACCAUGUAUCCAAGUGGUCAUCGGGGUGGGCCAUAUUGGUUUGCCUGUGCCUUGGCUGUCUCAGUGACCGCAGGCAACAUGAUCAUUGCAUCCACACCACGCAAUGAAAGAUACAGUGUUUUGGUAAUGACUGAACGCUCCGUUGUGGGGAGCCAAUACAGACUUUGGUCUCGGCUCUACAUAGACGAUGAUGCCCCGAACUGCGCUUUGUGUGGACCCUUAGCUGCGUAUUGAGAGCAUUGACAAAAGGCAAUGCAUUGAUCGCGUGACAGAUGGGCUUUUGUGUGAAAUCCACGACUCACCACCAACAUGACCUCCAGCGUCACACGUAGAGUAGUGCGUACGGGUGGGAGUUGUCUGGUAAAACGCAUUGUUGUGUUGGGGGAUGAGCCGUUGGUAGUGCUGCUGCCGAGACUGCUAUUCGCUCCUAGUCGACUGUGGCUAGCGAGUGACUCUAACCUAUGAAUGGUCCCCAAAGCAGAUAACUCUGUGUUCACCGUCGAAUUUAAAGCCGAAACUUCAUAGACAACAAGCAGGCCUCCUCUUAGUUUCACCAGUAAUUGAAAAGAGCCCACUACCGCUCGUUGGAUGAGAACAUUGUGUGCGGAUAUAGAGCCACUUAGCAGGCCGUUUCGCCUUUGCUUUGUAAGGCUGCUGGCUAGCUGCCGUCUUCAACUAGCAAAACUGUCCGACCCGAGGUAUGUGCUUUGCUUUCAUUCCCUUUUUAUUGUUCUCUCAAAAUAACAAUGCAUACAGUGCAUGUGCAAAAUGUGUACUUGCUCUUACAUUUCCACGAAAAUUAACAAACGUUUAAAGAGCUCUUGUCUGCUUAGACGCCAUUUGCUCCGUGUAGAGGAGGGUUAGCUCUUUUUGCUAGUUAGCUGGCUGGCUAAUGUUAUUGUUAGCAGCUUGACCACUUUGUAAGUUGUAAGAGUAAAAAGCAAUUGUAUCUUUUGACCAAAUGGUCAUGUGCUAACUCCGGUGCAGUCCUUUUGAUAGUGCCCUUAACACCCGCCUCCCACCGCAUUUAAACGCCCCAGCUCAUUGACAAACACUUAGUUACUAUGUUUAAGUUCACUUCACAGACAGCAGAAAACUCCAGUUUACACCAAUAAAAAACACACUUUCAUUCGGUUUUGGAACAUAGGUAACAACAAUAUAUAUUUCUUUCAAAACAGGAACAUGAGUAUACAAACUUCUCCUUAUACAGCUCUUUACUUACUUGUAAGUUCAGUUUACAGUAUGUUGUGUGUCGCUAUGAAGCACCUUACUGGAGCAGGACUCCUAUUUCUACUUUCAAUAUAAUGAUAAUAAAGCAUUAUAUAUAUUUUCUAUUCAGCUGUGAGUAAACUAUUGAUGUACCCACUGUUGUUUUCUUUGUAAUCUUACUUUUAGACUUAACACUUUUUCAAAACCCCUAUCUCAUGAUAGGAUGUAAGUGUUUUAAAACACCUUACACCUUAUUUAUUGUGUUGCUAUUAAAAUACUUUAUAAAGCUGGAGUCUUCUGUAUAUUAAUACAUCAAUUUCACUUACACAGUAGGGGUGGGAAUCACUAGUGGCCCCACGAUCCGAUAUUAUCACAAUACUUGAGCUACAAUACGAUACUCAUGCAAUAUUUAACAUUUUCCAACACAGCAUGUAUUGUGAUACAAUAUAUUGAGAUUUAUGCAAUUUUUUCAACUGUAUAGCUAAUUGAGCAUUUGUCUUCCGUAAUGUUUGACUUAUUUAUGCUGUGUUUUAUUUUCCUGUGGCAAAUCUUGUAAACCUUUUAUAUAUUUGUUGUACUAACUUUCUCCUGCUCUAUGAUAUCACCUCUGCCAGCCUCACUGGACAAACAGUUAAGGUCCUUACACAACGGGACCACUUUUGUCGUACAAUUAUUUCAUACGUCAAUACUUUUUUUUUAACCCGUAUCCUGUCAAUACAAGCGUUCACAUCAGCGGUGUUUUCCCGUCCUGCGAUAUUGCGGCAUUAAUUUUUUCGGAUCAUGGUCGAUUUUUCCAAAGUUUCGCAUACUGUGUGUCCACUUCUGACCAAUUAGAUUUCGUGUUUUUGCGACGUCAGAUUCACCGGUACAUGCAACAUGGCCGAUCAGCUGACUGUUUAUGAUCGUUUACACACACACAUUACAAAGAUAGUGACCUGAAGGACAACUUGUGGAGAGUUAUAGCCUCGGAUUUCUGAUAUGACAAUGAUUUGUGUGCUUUAACAGUUUGCUUAACGCCUUUGUUUUAACUUUCAUCUGUGCUAAUGAAAUCUAACGGUUGUUACCACAGUUUCAUGUGCUUAUCUUAUCGCCUCUGAUUGGCUGUGCUGACUGUUUGGCUUGAGCGUGUGAUGACGUUUCCAGCUUUUCUAGCCAAUCAGAGGCGAAGAAGGCAGGACUUUCCGUGGGAAGUCUUCCCCGGGAUGCGUCUUCUCCCCCCCGGAAAGUCACAAAAUCGCGUUGGGCUUGAUGUGUAAAGUCAGGCCCAUCAAAAUUUGCCUCUGAAUAUUUCAGAAUUUCACGUUCCAUAUUUGCGUCUGCCCCGGUGUGUAAGGACCUUUAAUUUGAAAAAAUCUAUACUUGGUCAAUGAGACGAUAUGAUACAUCACCAGACAAAAUAUCACAAUACAAUGCUGUAUCGAUUUUUUUCUCCCAUCCUGACUUGACAGUAUUGGUCAGAGAACAUGAUUCUAUUCUUCUUGACCACAAAUCAAUGUACCCAAGUCCUUUUAAAAACCAGUCUGAUCUCUCACUGAUUAUCUCCAUUUUGAUCUUUUACAGCGACACAGAGCAGCAAGAUGAAGAAGAAAGCUCGGCAGCACCGAGUUGUGGUGCCACAGAGGCCUCCGUCCCCCAUCAAACCUUCCCCUAACAAGCAGAUCUUGACUUACGCCCAGGCGCAGAGAAUGGUGGAGUUUGAUAUUGAUGGCCGCAUACAUCGGAUCAGCAUCUACGACAAGCUGGAUGUGAUCUCGGAUGAUGACCCUACGGUUCAGGAGAUGAUGGAGUGCACCAGCAAUAAGGAGAAUGCUGAGAAACCACAGCAGCAGGUGCUCCUGAGGUCUGUCAGACUAAAAAACAACCAGGAGAAGAGAAACGCUGCGCUGGGGAUUCCUGGUCACGGUGAGGGUGUUGGACAUCAUGCUGGUGUUAAUGUAGGUCCCAAGCUUCCAGAGCCUAAAUUUCGCACAGUGGAAUAUAACCUCCCUGCAGUUCCUAAGCGCUCAGCCGCAUUUUAUCAGUUCACAGAGAAGACGGAAGAAGAGCUAGAUGAGGAAACAGAGUAUGACAUGGAUGAGGAAGACUACGCCUGGUUGGAUUUGGUCAAUGAGAAACGGAAAAGUGAAGGAGUCAGCCAGGUCUCGUAUAAUGUUUUUGAGUUUCUUAUUGACCGCUUUGAGAAAGAGUUAUACCUGGAGAGUCUCGAUCAGUGCGGUGAAAAGCACGUUACAGUUGAUGAAGACGCUGUCUGUUGUAUCUGCAUGGAUGGAGAGUGUCACAACAGCAACGUCAUCCUCUUUUGUGAUAUGUGCAAUGUGGCUGUGCACCAAGAAUGUUACGGUGUGCCCUACAUUCCUGAAGGCCAGUGGCUCUGCAGACACUGCCUCCAGUCCCCCAGCCAGCCUGCAGACUGCAUACUUUGUCCCAAUCAGGGUGGAGCAGUGAAAAAGACAGACGAUGACCGCUGGGGCCACGUAGUUUGUGCCCUCUGGGUUCCUGAGGUUGGCUUCUCAAACACCACCUUCAUUGAACCCAUUGAUGGUGUCAGCCACAUUCCACCCGCCCGCUGGAAACUGACCUGCUACCUCUGCAAGGAAAAAGGUGUCGGGGCAUGCAUCCAGUGCCACAAAGCCAACUGUUACACUGCCUUUCAUGUCAGCUGUGCCCAGAAGGCUGGCCUCUUCAUGAAGAUGGAGCCGAUAAAAGAGGUAACAGACUCGGGAGAGCCCACCUUCUCUGUAAAAAAGACUGCCUACUGUGGAGCUCAUACACCUAACGGGUGUGUGCGGAGGCCUCUCACCAUCUAUGAUGAUGCCAAACCCAAAAAUGGACUGUGUAAAAAAGGGGGAGGAGUUGGGAAAGGACAGUCAAAAGGAAAGCAGAAGAAGAAGAGUAAGAGUAAGAAGCCUGAGCCUGAACCUGAAAGUGAAGAAAUAACACCUGUUGCUGUGCCUACAUUUCCUGCUCACAGGUAAGAGGUGUAGUAUGGUGAGCUAAAAUUAUUACUGAAGUUUCUUUUUUGCAUAUUUAUGUUUGGUGUAUUAGAAGGGCUUUCUGAUCUUUUUCAUGUAGGACAUUAGACAGAAUAAAACAGUAAAAGCCCUGAUGAGUGUCAGUCAGUACUUUUGUCGAGGCAAAGUUCUGCUACCAAUAUCAAGUCCCUCACAUUCAACUUCUUAUACCAUUAGCCAGUUUUGUAAACAGUCAGACCUCAGGGGUAUAUUAGGGCUCAAAAUGCAGCCAUUUUUUGUAAAGGUGGUUGUGAAAACAGAUUUAAAUGCUUGUAAUUAUGUUGAAUCGACUCAAACAACAGUGUAGUGCUCCUAGGAAGUUAAACUUAAGUCAGAGCUAUAAAUUUGUCCAAAUGCUGCACAAGAAACCAAAAAGAUAGAAAGCUAUGGUAUCCAAAGCAGUGAGUGUCAUUUCUUCUGGGAAACUAGUUAAAGCUCCUGUGAGGACUUUUUUGAUGUUUAUGAAAUGGGCUGAAACUUCCACUGAUACUUUUUUUGUGGUAGACAAAAGCAAACAACCAUCUGCAACAAGACUGAAAAUUUUUAAAUUGCUGUUUAUAAUGCUUCAAAAUGAUGCAUGGGGACAGGUGUCAGGCAAGAAGCUGAAAACACUCAUAUGUCUGAAAUAGGGGUGUCCCGAUAUGAUAUUGAUGUCAGAUAUCGGUCCGAUUUUAGCAAAAAAAAAAACGAAUAUCAGAUUAUAUCAGCCUGCAUCUAAAAUCUUCAAUAUCAGCACUGCAAUACAAGCUGUUCAUUCCAAUAUCAGUAUUGUCAGUAUUAAAGGCUACAACAUAAGUAUCGUAGCGGAAGUCAAAAAGUUGUACCGGGACACCCCUAAUCUGAAAUUCCUACAUAGAAUAUUCACAAUCAAAGAUGCAUCUUUCUGUCUGGAUAGACUAGAGCAGUGGUGCUCAAGUCCAGUCCUCGAGGCCCACUGUCCUACAUGUUUUGGAUGUUUCCCUGCUUCAGCACACCUGAUUCAAAUGAUCAGCUCCUUAUUAAACCAUUACAGAGUUUGAUAACGAGCUGAUCAUUUGAAUCAGGUGUGUUGGAGCAGGGAAACAUCCAAAACAUGCAGGACAGUGGGUCUCGAGGACUUGAUUUGAGAACCACUGGACUAGAGCAUGUCAUGGACAAGAUGAGCAAAGACAGCUUUGUCAACAUGGAGCUUAAAGUGUGAUGGGAUAUGUGUAAAAAAAAAUAGUUUUCUAAAUACUCCUCAGCAUAAAUUAUCUGCUUACAUGUAGUUGGUCUCUAUCAAGUACUAGUAGAUUGCUGCUCAAAAUCCGUCUGAAGCUCUUGAAUUUGAAGCUUCACUGGGAACUCCAGCUAACAAGGUGCUGUUCAAACUGUUUAUGCAGCACUUUACAUGUUGAUAAUCUCUGUAGUAGUUUUUUUUUUUACUUGGUUAUUCUGUUGUUUCAUAUCUGUGGUACCUUCAGUGUGUGAUAAAUAAAAUGUAUAACUAUUAUUGUUUUCUAAAAAAGGCAUGUAAGGACUUGUUGCUACCUUUCUUGACUGCAUCUUUUUCGACCUCGUCCUCCUGGCUUUAGGUUGCAGACCAUCCUAAACCAGGUUUCAGUUCAGAAGAAGAAAGCAUUCGUGGAGCUGGUGCUGAAUUACUGGACUCUGAAGAGGCAGUCCAGGAACGGACUCCCCCUCAUCAGACGCCUUCAGACGAGCCUGCAGUCUCAGAAGAAUGCGCAAGCGGUUUGUUCAUCUGUCAGUCCACCGCAGGAGACUUUCAGUCUUCAGUUUGCUUCUCACUUAAAAACCAGAGUAGAUCUUAGAAAUAAUAGCGUAGUGGUAUUAUGUUAGCAUACAGUCAGCCAUCUUUUUAAAUCUGACUGAUUUGCCUGUUUUCCUUUUUAACACUCUCAUGCUGCUUGAACAAUGUGUUUGACUGUGCGAUGUAUAACAGUAUUUCUUUACCAUCUUGAGCAAUAUAUACCCAUAAUCCACCCCUGAGCUGUUUUUGGUUCUGUUGUUAAUGAGCGCCUUUUAUAUCUUCAGAGGCAGAAUGAGGAAGAGAGCAGGGCGCUGAAGGACCAGUUGAAGGAAUGGCAUCGUCUCAGACACGACCUGGAGAGAGCACGACUGCUGCUGGAGCUGAUCCGCAAGAGGGAGAAACUAAAGAGGGAGGAGGUAAGCAUGGAGGACUGACAGGUGGAUGGGUAGAUGGAUAGACCUCUGACUGCAUCCAAAAGUCACUGAUGAAACUAACUAAGAUGAAAGCAGACUUCAUGAAUAAGAGUGUUAAAUCUCAUUGAUAGUAAUUGAUUAAAAAAUGUACAUUCAACAAAUGAAUUAAGUUUAAGUUGUAGCUCUUUGUCUUUUUACGUCAAACUUUGAAUGACGUGAAAAGAGACCAUUUAUCUGUUAUCCCAAAAGAAGGUAGAAAUAAGAACACCCUGAGUCCUUUAGACCUUUCUCAGUUUUAAAUGUAGACUACAAGAUAUUUUCUUCCAUUCUAGUUAAAAGAUUUAAAAACUUUAUGGCUCAUUUAAUUGAUUGAAGUCCGAUCAGGGUUCAUAAAAGGCCAGCAGACUCAGGAUAACAUUACACCAACAUUUUAUUUCAUUGAUCAGAUUCAAAAAGAAGAGUAAAGAGUUGUACUAAUGAGCCUUGAUGCAAAGAAAGCUGCAGGAGCUGGACAUUUCUUUGUGAAGUAUUGGAGAGAUUUCAGUUUAGUUCAGUUCAGACACUCGAUAAAGUGUAUAUAAACUCUCUCUCUUUAAACUAUUCUCCUCACCAAGAAGUAAGAGAUAAAUACACAAAGUCAGAAGACAAAAACAUGUGUCUAAGUGACAAUCGCAUAGACACUGGACAAGCUAUUCCAGAUAACGUACAACCAGGUGAAUGAUAGCUUGUUGAGAGAUGUCAGGUGAUGGUCUGCCUUUAGUUUGGACUUUGGUACUCAGGUUGAGGAAGUAUGAAAAGUUAAUUUCCAGGUUUAUUAGCCUGUAUUAAUCCAACUUGGUCUGGACUUGAUUCAAACCUGGGAUUAGUGAUCCCAAAUUCAAACAGUUGUGGGAUAGAGGUGUUACAGCGGUUUGUGCUUAAAUUCAUUAGAGAUUACUGUGGAAAAAAAGAUGGAGGCAGAGACAACAAAGAAGGCCAGUGCAGUGAUAGAUGUUUUAAUGAAGCAAAUAAACAGAACAACAAGAAAGUCGUCUUCAGGCUUUAUCUGGGUUUUCAGAAGCAGAAAAGAAUUAAUACUUGAUAAAUCAAACAAAGAUGGGAAAACAAACUAAAUACAGACGUUUCUGAGGAGGGUUGGCACACAGCACUCAUCCACAAGCUCUAAAAAAUGGAGAGAAUACUGAUGGGAAAAACUGAAUUUGCUUUUUGCUUCUCUCUGUGGUUUUUUGGAUAGCAGUGGACUCUGAAAUGAUAUAUUAUUUUCAACUUUAAGUGUCCCCCCAUGAUAUGUUCUUGUUAUCUCUGCUGCGUUUAUGUUCCCUGUCUUUGUGUAUAAAUCCAAAAACAACAAAAUAAAAAGCGUAACAAAAUAAAUACUGACCAUGUCUCUGGGCCAUUAGAAUAUAUAAAAAAAUAGGUCUAUAGGCAAUUUGUUUUUCCAGUAACAGUAAAGCAGACUCCACCGAAGGGCUCUACAAGUGACUUGAGACCAGUCCUAGACAAAAGUUCAGAAUAAAAGAGUCACACAAACCACAAUGUCAAUGAACUUAGGACUUUUAAAACACAAAGAAGAACAGAAAACAAUGAUUUGCAAAUUCUUUCCAACUAUAUUCAACUGAAAUCACCACAAAGACAAGAUAUUUAAUUUAAUUUAAACUUGAUUGUUGUUUUUUUUUCCCCCAGAUAUUCACUCAUUUUGAUUUUGAUGCUUACUUUUGAAGGCUUUGCUCUGUAAACAUACAUCGCAACAUGAAAAUGAAGCCUUCUCAACGUUGUCACAUGCUUCUCACGGCACGUCCAAAGCCGGGCUAACACAUGAAACCCAGAUAAGCUGAUCAAGACCUGUUGUGGCACUGAGCUGAUUCAGAAAUAUGACAUUGUCAGAAUUCAGUUUUAACGGAAAAAAUGUGUUUGUGUCUGAUGUUCUCCUCUCUUCUGUAUGUAGAUCAAACAGCAGGAAACCCUCCUUGAGAUGCAGUUGACUCCCUUCAGUAUUCUGCUCCGAGCCCUCUUGGACCAGAUCCAGUCGAAAGACCAAGCCAGGAUCUUCACCCAGCCGGUUGAUGUCAGUGAGGUAAGGAUACUAAAACGUUGAAGUGCUGUUGGGUCUUUCAUUUGAGAAUCUGUACCGUGUCCAUAUUAGGGUGACUAUUUCCUGUUAACAAUCCUUUAAACAAAUAUGAAGUCUGGGGACAUCCAAAGGAUCGCUGUUAAGCUCUCAAACUGGACUUGCUGGUUCGUUUUUCAACACAGCCAUUUGCAUUUUGCUAUUAUGCUCUUGUCAGGAUAAAAACCUACUAAUACCAUUUCAGGGGUUGGUUUUACCUGUUUAUUUUUCACCCUGGUCUCUAUAAAGUUGCUCCAGAAAUGUUGGAAUAAACUAAGGAUGAAACAAUUGUUUUGUGUUUUUACUAGACACACAAAAAGUUUCAAGUCUUCUCCAGAAGUUCUCUGUAUCUUUUAAAAGCACUGACAGACCAAGUACACCUCCAAAGACCUCAGGGAGACUAACGCCAGCCUUUCUUUCCCUUGUAUCAUCACACAUCUGUUAAAAGCUGCACUGGAACAAGCCACUGAGGCUACAGCAAGCAGACAGCUGCUCCCUCCAUGUCACAGUAUCUGAUCAUAGUGACUCGGGUCAUAAAUCAACCUCGCCGCCCCGUGUUGACAGUGUGAGGCAAUGGGACUUCCUAGUAGGGUGAAUGUGUAACUUUAGACUGCGGUUCGUUGGCUGACACCCCAAAAGAGCUGAGGUUGCUAUCUUCUAACAAGCCCGGCUAGCUCAGUCGGUAGAGCAUGAGACUCUUAAUCUCAGGGUCGUGGGUUCGAGCCCCACGUUGGGCGCACUUUAUGUCUUUGAGGUUAGUUAGAUUUCUGCAGCUUUAGCACUCUGGCAGCUGAGCAUGUGUAGAGUGUGUCUUUGGAUUUCUGCACAUAAAGACAAGGCUUAUGUCGUGUUUUGCAACGUGGUUUUUAAAUAUUUGAUCUUUCCUUUAGGUGCCUGAUUAUCUCGAUCACAUCAAGCACCCCAUGGACUUUUCCACCAUGCGUCAGCGUAUCGAUGCGCAGGGCUACAACAACUUGGAGCAGUUCGAGAGCGACUUCAACCUCAUUGUCGAUAACUGCAUGAAGUAUAACUCGAAAGACACCUAUUUUUACCGGGCGGCCGUUCGCCUCCGAGAUCAGGGCGGCGCUCUUCUUAGAAAGGCCAGAAAAGAUGUGGAGAAGAUCGGCUUUGACUCAGAGAGUGGCAUGCAUCUGCCAGAGGCUCCUGAAAUCAAAGCAACACCAGCAUUUUCCUGGGAGGAUGGUAAGGACAGUAGUAGCGAAUCUGUGACUUAUUUUCGUCUUAAGAGUUUGUGACAAGCGAUCGUAACACUGUUUUCCCUUUUUCACUUUCUCCCUAGUGGACCGCUUACUAGUGCCAGCUAAUCGGGAGCCUCUAUCCCUGGACAAGCAGCUGCAGCAGCUCCUGGAAAAGUUUGACCUGACCUGUGCCAUGAAGUCCAGCCCCUCCCGCAGCAAACGCUUAAAGCUGCUCAAAAAGACCAUCAAUGACGUGCGCAAUGAAAUGAGCCUGAAGAGAGUCCAUCCCUCCCACCACCACCACCACCACCACCAUCGCUCCUCCUCCUCCACAGCUCCCUCCACAUCUGCAUCAUCUUCAUCAGCUGCCCCUCACACAGAGCCAAGUAAACCCAAAGAGGAGAGACUGAAAACCAACGGACAUUUUCCGGAUGAUGAGGGUAUGUACAGAUGUUGUCUGACCUUAUCAAAGCGUGUUGUAUCUGUUUGACAUCAACCCCACAUAUCGGUAUGUCUUAAUGGGAAAUAUAAAUCAGAAGUCACACUGAGUUUGUGGGAUGAAGAGCACUGAUAGGUCACUGGGAGUUAUUUCCAGUGGUCAGGGUCAACCCUCUAACUGGUCCUCCAGAGCUUUCCUCUAUUGUUAGACUUCUUGCUUGAGACUUUUCAUUCAUUAUAAGUGUUUGUCCACAGUGCUGAGAAUCAUGAACUCUGACGUUACAGCGGUCAAGCUGAUGAGAGCUUUUCAAAAUUAAGCAUUUAACUUUCUGAAUGCACCCUGAAGGCAGGUUAAAGCUGGAUUUCAGUGAAUCUGUGUCUUUUACUUUACAACUGAAUCAUGCAGACAGUUGAUGAAUCUCACGACACGACACUCAACUAAUUUCAGACUUAAUCAUUACUUUCAACAUACAGUACAGGCCAAAAGUUUGGACACACCUUCUCAUUCAGUGUCUUUUCUUUAUUUUUUUUAUUUUUAUUUUAUGACUAUUUACAUUGUAGAUUAUUACUGAAGGCAUUAAAACUAUGAAUGAACACAUGUAGAAUUUUGUACUUAUAAAAAAAGUGUGAAAUAACCGAAAACAUGUUUUAUAUUCUAGUUUCUUUAAAAUAGCCACCCUUUGCUCUUGAUGACAGAAGUACCUUGUCAGGGUUACUUUAGGCACUCCUGUGAAGUAAAAACCAUUUCAGGUGACUACCUGAUGAAGCUCAUUGAGAGAACAGCAAAAGUUUGCAGCGCUAUCAAAAAAGCAAAGAGUGGCUACUUUGAGAAAUCUAAAAUAUAAAACAUGUUUUCAGUUAUUUCACACUUUUUUCUUAAGCACAUGAUUCCACAUGUGUUCAUUCAUAGUUUUGAGAAUCUACAAUUUAAAUAGUAAUGAAAACAAAGAAAAUGCAUUGAAUGAGAAGGUGUGUCCAAACUUUUGGCCUGUACUGUACUAAAACUUUUUCAGUUUAGGAUAUGCAAAGGCUUUUAGGCAAGACACGCAGGCUGCUUCAACAGGUGAUCAUUUAAAUAUUCUCUCUGAAGUAAGCACUGGAGCGCUAUUAUGGGUUUAUGGAUAGAUUUGUGAAGAAAACACUACAAAUGUUCUCUGCGUUAGAGAGAAUCCACUUUGGUGACUUUUUGCCUUUAUUUCCUAAAACUAGAAUCAAGAAAUCUCAAACCGACCUACAAACGUUAAAGUAGUAACACUGGUUUGACUGAUGAGUACAGAAUGAUGUACACAAAGCCAAUAUGUUCAAAGUAACUUGAGCUGAUACUAAUACAGAUGAUAGGCUGGUUAUAUUAAAUUCACUGAUUCUUGUGAAGCUUUAAUGGUCUCUUGAUAGCUGUCAGCUGUUGUUGCUCCAAAAUGACCGUUUUCGAGGCGCACUACGAAAUUUGUGAUGUUGAAAAAAUGGCCAUUGUACUCCUCCUCCCGUUACCUGUGCUUUGCUAAAAAGCAAGCGUUGAAAAUAGCUAAUGUGCUGUUUGUGCACAACUAAUGCGCUUUAACUGCCGGUACAAUAUUAUGUUGAUAAUAUCAUACAUAUCUAGUUGUAACUGUGAAUUGGAAGCACAGUAGAGUGACCAGUACUCUGAGAUGUCUUUCACUAAUUUGCUCAUUUUCACCCUUGAAUAUUGAGCUGUAACACACUGUUGUCUGGAGUUAUUGAUCAGUAUUUAGCAGCAGUUUCUCACUGACAGAGUGGGUGAAAAAGGCCAUGGCUAGUUGCAAACGAAAUUUGUGUGUUCAAAUGGCACAUGUGUGAUUUACUGGGCUUUUUUUUUUUUUUUGAAGAUAUUGUAUUAGGGCUGGGCGAUAAACCGAAAAUUUACCAACACCGAAAUUUACGACAAUAACCGACGUCAUUUUGCCCAUAUUGUAUAUUUGGUGUCAAUAAAUACAUAAAUAAAAGUUGGUUUUGGGUGUGCGUAGGUAGGCUGUGGUCUCAUGUCCCUUUAAGGCGCUGUCUUGAAUUUAAUGUGGGAGGUGGUGAGCAGCUUGUGGAGUAGUUAUCGUCCAUUUAUUGUUAUCAAGGUGAACUGCUUCAUGUAUCGUGAUAUUGAUUUGAGGCCAUAUCGCCCAGCCCUAUAUUGUAUCAACAGUAAAGGUCAGAACUCCUGUUUUAAUCCUCACAGCAAAACUUGAACACCAAAAUUUGUUCAAAGGCUUGCUGAUACACAAAAAACUUUUAUGAAUGCCAAACUUCAAAUCACAAAUCCCAACAGAAAGUACUUUAUGAUUAUACAGAUGUGAUGGUUUUGCUCUGGAGUUGGAGAAAUGCAGUUAUUGGCAAAUCUAGGUUUCUCUGUGGAGCUGAUCCCUGAAUGGAUAGUGUUAUAAUGAGCUCACAGGGGGAAAAGAAAGAAAGGAACAAGUCAUUUGCUCUCAUUUUUUAUUUAUUAAAGUGUCUCAGUGUUAUGCUAAACAAGGCCUUAUUUUACCUUCACCAUAAAAACAAAAGCCAUAUGAGAAUUUGCAGUGUCAGCAUUUCUGCAAGAGCAAGGACAAUGUGUAAGAGUUGGAGGGCAUUACAGUUGGUAAUACUGACUAGCAUAAAGUGGGACGUGUGUAUUCUCUCUGAACUGGACUUUAAGUGUUUUAAUUGAUACUUUUUAAUUGUUUUUUUUUUCUUUAAGAGAAAGUCAAUGACUAUUAUGUUAUUCUGCUUAGCUGAUUGUACCACAAUGAAAUAGAUCUUACUUUAUUGUACCAAUUACUACUACUUUCUUAGCACCAUAGGGAAAUAGUAAACACUGACUAAACAUCAAAUCAGUGUUGUUUUCGUUGACGAUGACGUAGAUGAAAAUAUUUCGUCAACGUCAUCGUCAAUGAAAACAAGACUGCAGAAUAUAUGUUUAGCAUUUUACUGACGAAAUGCUCAUGAAUUUUGCAACUCUCUUUGUCGUCCACCACUCACGUUUUAGUCUAGUCUCGUCUCGUCAACGUAAACGCACAUUCGUCUCGUCACAUUUUAGUCAUCUAAGACUUAUGUUUAGCUCGUCACGUCUUCGUCGUUUAAAAAAAAGGGGCGUUGACACUGCAUUAAAUGCACUCCACCAAAAAUAAAGAAAACCAAUUACUGUAUUUUUCGGACUACAAGGCGCACUUAAAAUCCUUACAUUUUCUCAAAACUUGACAGUGCACCUUAUAAUCCAGCGCAAUUUAUGUAUGAUUACUUGUUGUGCUUACUAACCGAUUUUAUGUGGUACAAUGCGCUCAAAAAUCUGUCGGAAUAUGUAAGUACAACUUUGGUAAGCAACGAAAUCGGAGCAAUAUGGUAUGCUGUGUCACUACCUGAUCGGCCCCAUAACAGGACCCCUGGGCAGUCUACAAGACUGCCUGACUGUAAUGUUUAAACUAGAGGUGCAUUCAUGUGAGGCAGCCCGGGCCUGGAGUACGCACAAGCAACAAUAAACCUAUCAAUGCACCAAUGCUUAAUGCGCCUUACAAUCCGAUGCGCCUUAUAGUCUAGCAGGAAUAUGCUGAUUUUUGAGGCGAUAGUGCGAAUGGUGAUACAAGCAUGAAAUUUGGUACAGAUAUCCUUUAUACCACUACUAAUCAUAAUAUAACCUCUGGCCACCUGGGCAGCGCCAUUUUUCAAGAUGGCCGCCAGCUUUUAGAAAUAGCUGCCACCAGGUCAACGUUUUAGACUCUAUCACUCUGCUGCAGCUAUAAAUCUUACAUUUACCCUAUCCAGUGGCGGUUCUAGACUAAAUUACUCCCUGGGCAUAUAUAUAUAUAUAUAUAUGUAUAUAUAUAUAUAUAAAUGAAAUUAUAAUGAUGAUAAUUUGGUCGGAUGGAAAUUGGGGAAGUUAAGUUGUUAAGAAGUCAAUGACAGUGGACCAGGGGGAUUGAGAUUCUGUUGUAGUAUGGAGAGGGGUGGGUGUAUAUUCCAGAGAGAUGUGGUCAAUGAGCAGGUUUUUCCAAUGAGCCAGAUAAAUGGUGUUCCUAGAUUUCCAGUUCAUGAGAAUAAUUUUCUUGGCAAUAGUUAGGGCCACGAGAAGAAGGUUAUUGUUUACUUUGUCUAUUGUGAGUGAUGAUAAGUCUCCUAGAAGGCAGAGUAAGGAGGAUAAAGGGAUGCCCAUGAAGCCCAUGAAGUGUGAUAAUGACUCGGUGACUAGUUUCCAAAAGUGUUUGAUUGGGGUGCAGUGUCAGAUGGCGUGAGUGUAGGUGUCAGGACCGUUUUGAGUGCAGUGGGUGAAAAUGUCCGCGGUGAAACCCAUUUUAAACAUUUUUUGUCCAGUGUAGUGAGUUCUGUAAAGUAUUUUAUAUUGUAUGAGUUGUAAAUUAGCAGUUUUAGUCAUGAGAUGUUUUUUAAAAAUUCUGGAGGUAAAUAGAAAAACUAGGCAGUCAAUAAAAAUUUUAUAACACAAAAAAACACAAAUAUAAAUACUAGAAAAAUUGCAUUUCCUUGCAGAAAAUGCAUGGAAAUGCUGAGUGCUGAAUGCUGAAAAAGCAACCAGUGUGCCCUGGUAGUGUGAUGACACUACACAAUAUAUUAUUGAUUUGUCAUGUUAUAUGGUGUGGCCAUUUUUAAAACAAAUAUGGCCUUUCAUAAUAGCUCAUGUCUAUGACAUAUAAAUAACCCUGAUCUAUUAUGAAUAACUAUAAGGACCAACAAAAUACUGAAUUCUUCCCAUUUCUAUUUCUGGGCGGCUAUCUUUUAAAAUGGUUGAAAUCUGCUUAGCCAAAGGUUGAUUCUAAAAUAUGGUCAUAUAAAGGUCAUAUGUAAUAAAUUAUAUGGUUAUAUCACCAUUUUGAUCAUCCUUUCAAAAAUCAGCAAUUUAGAGUGCGACUAAGCCGCCAUAUCGGAUAUUUGCUGCUAUAUAGGAACCUAAUAUUUUGUUUUUAAUUGGUAUAAAUACCUAAUACAUGUUACAUUAUUUCAACGGUAGGGUAAAUGUAAGAUUUAUAGCUGCAGCAGAGUGAUAGAGUCUAAAACGUUGACCUGGUGGCAGCUAUUUCUAAAAGCUGGCAGCCAUCUUGAAAAAUGGCGUCGCCCAGGUGGCCAGAGGUUAUAUCAUGAUUAGUAGUGGUAUAAAGGAUCUCUGUACCAAAUUUCGUGCUUGUACCACCAUUUGCACUAUCGCCUCAUAUUCCCGCUCCACUAUUAUGUGUGAACAUAGACACGUUAAUUAACAGUGUGCCAUAUAAUCCGGUGCGCUUUAUCCCCCGAAAAAUUUGGUAGAGUGCACAAUUUUCUGAACCUUUCCUCACAGUGAAAACAGCCGGUAUGCUAUAUCCUGUUUACAUAUUAAUGAGAUGUCAGUUCUAGUGUCAAAAUGAUGCACUGACACAAGUCUAUGCGUGUCUUUUCUUUGUGUCCUGUACAGCAGAUAAGUCUCUUCCUCCUAAACUGGAGCUGUCAGACUCCAUCCCUCCUCUCAUCCAUUCAGACACAGACCCCGAGCCCCCCACCCUCAAACCUAUUGACGCCGCCCCAGACUGUGAAGACAAGAGUCACAGCAAGCGCAUCAAAUUUGACAGAGAAUUACCAGACCUCCUCUCUCCUGCUCCUCACCUCAACGGCUUCUCCCACGACUGCCCCCAGGACUCCCUGUUGGACGGAGACAUGAGCGUGGUGGCCACGUCAACUCUGGCAGAGCCCGCAGGCACGGUUAACCGCCGCACCGCAGUACUUUUCAGAAAAUCAAAGACCACCAGUCCUUACAAGCCCGUGAGGACUGAAGAAGAAGAAGAAGAAGAAGGAGGUGAUGGAGUUGAGGGGACGGAGGCCAAGGCUGAGGAGGAUGAAGACGGUGCACAGCUGGGCUCCAAAUCCUUCCUGUCUGUUGUAUUACCUCGGUUGGAGACGCUUCUUCACAGCAAGAAGAGGAAACACAGCGGCAGCAGGGACAGUGAGGAAGAAGGAGGAGAGGGAGAGCAAGAAGAGGAGGGAGAGUCCCCUGUGAAAAGACUCGACACUGGUAAGACGCAGAUGGGAAACUACAUGAGCCAUACGUCUUCAACAGUAUAUGAUUUGGAUAUUCCUGUCGUAAUUUCACCAUCUCACAUAAACUUUCAGACAAACCAUUUCUUACUUUCAGUAUGAGUAAAACCUGGACACGAUUCAACACGGCAGCAUUAAGUUAUGCUGCAAAAACUGCUAGAACGACUCGCAGCAACACUCGGCAGUCAGCGUGGUUGAAUUCCAAACAGCACAUUAGGAUUGUGGAUUCAUAAUGAGUCUUUAGUAAAAGGCUGCUCCUAAUUUAGAUUUGAUGUUAGAGGAUGUUAAUGUUUUGCCUCCCUUGUGUCCUCUCAGGCCUGUCGAGUGGUUUUCUGGAGAUUGAAGAGGAGAAAGAACUUGAACACUCCAACAGAGCGAGCAGACCGAUGGAGCCGCGAAGGCGCUGUGCUUCUGAGUCCUCUAUCUCAUCAUGUAGCAGUCUCCAAGGGAGCACCAGGUAAUCCGCCAGAUUAAGAACCGUCUAAUCUCGGGCUUUUAUUUGAUUUGACUAUAAAGCAGACCCUUUACAGGCAUUACAGUUGUGAUGUCUUGAUCAAAUGGAGGCAGUCCAAGACUUCAAAAGCAGAUCGUUUAUUUCAGAGGUAAACUGACGGUUGUUGUUUUACGCUUUUGUCUCUCUCUUCCUUUGUUGUAGCAAUAUUCUCAGUCUUCCAAAAUGUGGGAAAGGAAAACCUGCCUUGGUCCGGAGAAACACUGUGGAUGAUAAGAGCGAACUAAUCGCCUGUAUUGAAACUGGAAAUUUUGCAAAAGCCGCAAGAAUUUCUGCUGGUAAGUCCGUCAAAAGGAUCUUUGUGUAUGUGUGAGGGGCAAGACAAUCUAAUCAUUUACCAUGCGGAUGAAAUGUACAAGACUCUCUCACAUUAAAUUGAGUUACAAAAACCCCUAACUUGAGAGUAACUGCAUCAGAGUGUGAAGCCUUUUUCAGAUAUGUGCUCCUGUAAAAUUCCACACCUGAUUCAAAUGACCAGCUCGUUAUUAAGCCGUUACAGAGCUUGAUAACGAGCUGAUCAUUUGAAUCAGGUGUGUUGGAGCAGGGAAACAUCCAAAACAUGCAGGACGGGGGGGGGGGGGGGGGGGGGGGCUCGAGGACUUAAGUAACAGGCACGACUGUUAUAAUUUGUGAAAUGACAAAUCACCUUCACACACUCACCUGCAGUAAAUUUUCCUGACUUUUACCUGCUGCAUUCUCACACUACCGCAUCCCAACUCCUUAUGAAAAUUUCACCAAGUGGGACUAGCAAGAAAAAUGUGACCAUUAGUAUUCAAAAUCCUUACAGCUCACCCCCAAAAUUUUCAGGACAUUUUAUUAGGUGGUGCAGAGCAUGAGUGAAUGCUGCAUUUAAGACUGCAUUUGAAAUCGUUCACUGUUCCAUAAACAUGUUUUGGAGAGAGUCUCAAAGAUGGUGAAUUGUAUCAAGAAUUCACAUUCUAACCAACAACACCCAGAAAACCUUUAAUUUGCGACAAAGAACUGCAACACAACCUUCAUACAGGAAAAUCUCAGCUGCCUGGAAGUCAAGAAAAAUUCAAUGUUACAAUGAAGUGAUAGAAUCUAUUCCAAACAUAAAAACAGACACUAAAAUUGAUGACCGUUUUUAUGAUUAAUAUUGGUAUAUUUAUAACACAUAUGCAACAUUUCCCGGAGCCUCCUCACCAUGUCUUGCCCCGUACUCAGUGGCAGUUCCCUGUGGGUUAUACAGUGUAGUAGAAUUAUCCCGGGUGUCUGCAGGUCCUUUAAAAUCCUGACAGCGUUAGAGGGUGUAAACUGGAAGAUUAAUCUUAUUUCAUUCGAUCUCCAAAAAUGAAUUUGCCCUCAAAAGUUUAACUCGAUCAAACUUGCAGACACCUGGAGUUCAUACACACACACACACACAUUCAAAGCAAGGUUGGAAACUAACAGCCGCCACAAGCCAGUAAUGUGUGACUUUUUGGCAGUGACCAAAAGUCGUCUUUUUACUCCUGCCAUCAUGGCGUGUGACCAGUCGGCGUCAGGAGACUCUUCUUUCAUCUUAAAUUCACUUUUGGCGAAUAGAAAGCCAAGAGAGGCUGCUAAAUCUUAAUACAUGUCGUUCAAUUGUGGCUCGAAGAGAAAAGUCAAUUUCCUCCCCUGCUCUGCUGUGUCCUCCUGCACUCACUGCUCAGCUUUUGGAGACAUGCUUGUGUCCAUGUUGAAACCCUCUUGUAACUUGUUUGGUGUUGUUCCCGCUUCCAUAGAGGUUGGCAACAGCAAUAUUUGGAUGCCCGCUAGUGCUGCAACAGUUGCAUUGGAACCACUAAAGCUAGUUUGGGCCAAAUGUAGUGGAUACCCUUCCUACCCUGCCUUGGUGAGUGUUUGUUGGAGAGAAAGCAUGAAAAUCAUUAAAAAAUAUCCUUUUUUUUUUAUUCUUCUGAAGUUUUCUUGUCAUCUUUUUACACAAAGACACACUGGAACCUGAUUAUGGCUCUUUAUUUCCAACAGAAUAGAGCAAUGUAAAAAGAUAGACUCACUCCUGUUUGUCCUUUAGGUGGCAGCAUUUCCCUGUUCACCAGUGUAGUUCGACCUUAGCAUGAAAGGACACAUGAGAGAAGAAUCCUAUUGCCACAAGCUGAUGGUGUGCAUGGUUCUGUGUGUGUGUGUGUGCGCGUAUGUAUGUAUGUGUGUGUGUACAUUAUAGACAUCAUUACGAUAUGCUUGAGUUAUUCUCCCAGGUGAAUGUAUGUUUGCCGUUCGUUUGCAUUCAUGAGCAUGUGUUUAACUCCCUCUGGCACCCUCCCGCUGUGUGUAGAUCAUCGACCCCCACAUGCCGCGCAUGGGUUGCCAGCACAACGGGGUGUCCAUCCCCAUGCCCCCCAUGGACGUGCUCCGCAUUGGCGAGCAGAUGCAGUACAAAGCCGAAGAGAAACUCUACCUCGUCCUCUUCUUCGACAACAAGCGCAGCUGGUGAGUGCUCUGCAGUGAUCGGAGGGAGAUUUUUUUUUUUUAAGCUGCUGCAGGUCCCUGCCAGGGUAAACCUGUCAACCUGUCCAUCAGCUGAUCAUUAUUCUCGUGUGUCAACUUGACAACCAGUGGCUCUGGCCUCAAGAGACAUCUAAAAAAUUCACCUGGACUUCCAUCACAGGAAAAAUGUUUUUCAGCCUUUAAUAGUGAUGAUUGCGGUGGAGCCUUUGUGUCAGAGUGACAACUGACUUUUAUCGGUGGCUAAAAAAAGAACUGAAGCCGCCAAAAAUCUAUAAAAUGGUCUAAAAGGAUGGUCAAAAGAAAAACUGAAAAGGGGUUUGUGUGUUGUAGCAGCAUCCAAUCAUACAGAUGUUCAAGGUUUGAUUUCAUGAAUUGAGGUUGCAGUGUUCUUUCGCUGACCAUCCUGUAAAUAAAAACUCUUUCUAAAGCCCACUUUAGCUUUUUGCUGGGCGACUUUGACAUUCAUCAUUGUUUUUAUCUAGAAUUUAUCGAAGACCAGAUUUGAGCAUCGAUAUGGAGGGGCAGUUAUUCGUAAUUUUUGUGGUUUCCAUAAUUUGACACCAAUUUAUCAUGAAAUGAGACGCAGUUUUAGGGCUGGGCAAUAUGGGAAAAAAGUUUAUAAUAUAUUUUUUCUACUGCUACUGCAUCUGUGAGGUCUCUGUUUCUUUGACGUAUUUUUAUCGUAAGGCAUUGCGCUAGAGAAAGCAGAUUGACUGAUCGGUUGUUUCGGCUGCACAGGUGCCAUGAGCUCCUUGCUCUGCUUGGGGUGGUGAAAAAGAUUUGAGAUAUUUCCAGACUUUGUGAGAAUAUAUUUUACUCGACAUAAUUUGCAGCGCACAUUACUCUGCUUCAUAUCCGACCUCAAAAAAACAAAAUACUUCCACACCAUCAAUGUUUUCGUGCCAGUGUUGUUGAUCAUGUCAUCAUCUGUUGAGUCUUCAUCAACAGACACAAAAGACAAAUUUCCUUUAUAUAAAAAUCCCCAUAACAUGAACAUUAAAUGAAAGAAACCGGUAUUAUUCAAGGCACCAUCAGUAGCCUAUAUUCAACACAUGAUUGGUUCAGUGCAAAGCAACUCCCCUGUUCAUUGGCUAUUCGUAUAGUCUACCAAAACAGAAUACCAACUAUCGAAAAGGAUAUUGACCAUGUUUUAUAUUGAUAUUGAGGGAAAUUAAUUGUUGAUAUAUAUCGUUAUUGUUUUAUUGCCCAGCCCAACAGUACACAUACACAAUUGACGUAGAGCUGAGUUUCAUGUAAUCAUACAAUGUUUGAUCCAAGCUUUGAUUAAUUAAAUUCUUAAUCCAAACCAUUUUAACAAAGCACCUUUGUUAAAACUGCUAGCUAAGUGUUUAAUUCACACUAAAUUCCCUUUUCUAUGGGUAUUAAUUUUUUUCUUUCAACCAGAAUAAUAUGAGAGUAAACGCAACAAACUCAUCUUUUGUUCUUUGAAAGAAUCCAAACAAUGUGUUGUGUAAACCUGUUUUUAGAGGAAAGGGAGUGACACAUCCAUCCCAGGGGAGCAGUACUUUCAGAUUGAUUUAUACACACUCAACCCAAACGUCUGUUCAGGUGCUGUUCACAUUCCGCUCAGGUUCUCUUCACAAUCUGUGUUUUCCCCCUUCAGGCAGUGGCUUCCUAGAUCCAAGAUGGUCCCUCUGGGGAUGGACAAAACCAUAGACAAAAUCAAAAUGAUGGAAGGACGCACAUCCAGCAUUCGUAAGGCUGUCCAGAUCGCCUUCAGCCGGGCCAUGAACCACCUGAGCAUUGUGCAGGACGAGCCAGUCAGUGACCUCAGCGACGUGGACUAAUAAUGACUCUCUCUCUGUGCACACAAACACACACACAAAUACAAAUACACAAAUGCACACUUGUACCUCUCCUCUACCAAAUACAUUCCUCUCCUCCUCUCUCUGUGUCCCUCUCUGUCUUGUCUCUCCUGGAGACUCAGAUGUUUACUGGGCACCUGCUGUAACAGGUGUUGUCUCUCUCCCUCAUUCAUUCCUACUCUCACACACUCCUCCUCCAUGUGCCGAUGGGAAACGGCUGCUGCUGAAAUGAAUGUGUCUAACCAUUUCCGGGCUUGUAACUGUGUGUAAAGACUGCUCCCUCACUGAACCAAUCAUGGCUUUCAUUUUCCUACAUCAGUUCAAGGUUAAAAAAAACAUGCGAUAUAUUUUUUAAAAUUUUGGAAAUCACACCAAAUGCAUAUGUUUUUCAACUCAGCCCUUUUUUGGACUAGAAGCCAAACAACAUGGCUGUGUUCAGUUAAUUAAAGAAGCGUUUAGCAGCUUAAAUGGACAACACCACACUCUUUUUUUGCUUGCUAACAGGGUUUUAAGUUGUAGUGAAUCUGUUGUAGCCAAAGCCUGUGUUUAUGUCAUUGUCACAUUUUCAGAUUGGUUCUGGACAUUUGGGAAAAAAAGAAAAAAAAAAAAACCUUCCUCUGUAUUUAAGCUGUAAAUAAAUCUGUAUAGUUACCUGACACUAACUUAUUUUCUAGUUUUGACAUAAAUGGGUACUGCACAGCAGUUUUUUAGUAUUUAUACUUGACACAUUUUUGGCACUGAAGACUGAGGGCUUUUCGAUAGCGCUGUAUGAUCAAGAAGGAUUAAAAAAAGUGCAAAAGCCUUAGUAUUAAAAAGAUUAGGGCUAAAGUGUCAUAUUCAUAAAAGGGUGAAAAUACUCCCCUUUGGAUUUUUAAGUUAUUGAAGUUUAUAAUCAUAAGCUUCUGUUUGGCAUUAAUCUGUUUUUUGUAUAAAAAAAAAGUGUUUUGGAUAUUUUUGUUCAUAUAUAUAUAUAUUUAUAUGGUUUGAAUACACAAUAGUACAGUAUGUGCGUUUCUGGAGCUAAUACAGGCAGACUGACAGUUGUGGACACAGAACGUUUCAUGUUCUCAAGAAACCAAAAAUGUUGCUACCCAGAAGUUUUUGCUGGUCCCUGAUUUCCUGUGUGACGUGUGAAAUUGUUGCCAAAAAAAUUAAAAAAGUAAAGUGUAUUUUUACGUGAAACAUUUGACUGUUACUUGGUUUUGCUGUAGUAAUAGGGAGAUGUGCCUGGGUUAACUUAUUGUAAAAUACCUGCAUUACUUUAUAUUCAAGGAAAAAAACUGCAAACUGAUUGUGGUUAAGUGUCACAUUUUGUGGUGGAUACUUGCCUUCUUUUUAAGUAACUUUUUCUAACUUUUUUUGUAGUAUUAGACUUCAAAACAUUUCAUUUUAUACUAUGCCUAUUUUAUCUGGGUAGCAUUGGGUAGUUUUGGUAUAUUUCUUUUUGUACUUAACUGUAGUAGUUUUUUUAAUCAGGUCAAUGAUCAUCUGAGGUGUUUUGUUUUUCUCCCAAAGCCUCUCCAAGUAUCAGGCACCCUAAAACCAGCAGGAAAUUAGCUUUAAAUUCGUCAUAAAAUGUAAUUUUUAUUUAACUUGAGAAGGACUCAGCUGUCUCCUUUGUCACGUAAA